AUGACCGAAAACCACUCAGACGACGAGGACACAUUGCUUUUGCACGAGACACCCGUACAUUCAUGUGCCAAGUCUAGUUCUGUACCACAGAUAAGUGAUCAAACGUUUGAACUUUUUACAUCUUAUUUUGAUAGUAAGAUUUCUUCUCUGAAGAACGAGUUAGUCUCCGGGAACGCCUCCCUACCUUAGAAGCUCAAGAAAGAGGUGUCCGUUAAGCUUAAGGGGGAAGGGAAUCAGAUUCAAUACUCCUUCAACUCAGAUAUAGUUUCCGAAUUGCAGAAACUUCAGAAGCGUACAUCCGCACAAAAUUCCGUUAGCACCAAUUUGAUAUCGAGCCUUAUUCUUAAAAUCAACAGGAGGAAUAAAUUGAUUCGAAUUGACGACAAGUCGCCAGCAGGCUGGUCCACAGUCAGAGAAUACGAAAGUGAUGACCUGGCAUCAGAUUUAGAAGAUGAAAAACGUUUACGGUAAGCAGAAAGCAGGGCCCUCAAGACAAUCAAAUAAAAGAAAACCCGUGGAAAACCUUACUCCAAACCGUCCGCCACCGUUUCUAGACCUGCCAACUCUACUGAUACUAGUAACAGUUACUAUCAGCCUUACAACGCUACUCAGUUGCCCUUUCUGAGGUUCCGUCGCCGCGAGGCGACCCCAUACGACACCUGUUACGAGUGUCACCAAACUGGCCACUUCAAGAGGAACUGCCCAAAAGCAACAAACAAACCAACCUUUGGAAACUUGUCAAAGUGA